UGACGAGGUGCCACCCCGAUACGUGGGACGCUCGCUUUGUUGUGCCGCGACUGGCGUUCGGUCGACCUCGGAUUCUGCGAGGCCUUUGGAAGUGCGUGCAAGAGUGCGUGCAGGGAGUGCGUGCGUGGAUGAGUGAGUGAUUUACUGGGUGAGUGAGUGAGAGAGUCCGAGCGACCGGGGGAAAGGUUCCAUCAGGUUGUGCCAGUUCCUGGAAUAUCUCGUGCGAGCAGACCAUAUCUCGCCGCCGGACCCUGCAGUGUCUCUCCCGUUGUAGGAGGCGGCGGAGCGAGCGCGGAGGCAGCAUGAUCACCUCCAUGUUCGCCUUCAAGCGGCUGAAGGAUGACUGCGACGAGGACGGACGCGGACGCGGGGACGAGACCCGGGAGCGAGGAAGGCUCCGGCCGAAGGACAAGACAUACGGAGCUGACGACAAGCCCUUCAUGGUCGACAUGAAGGAGAUGAGCGGAUAUGAGAAAAACCUGUACCUCUACUCGGAGGAGAUGGCGGACCGGCCGCGGGUGUCGAUGAUGAUCAACUCGCUGGCCAACUACAACGCCACCAUCCCCUCGGCCGAGGACGAGGACGCCAAGAAGCUGAAGCCCGUGGCCAAGCUGGGCACUCUGCUGGGCGUGUUCCUCCCGUGCAUCCAGAACAUCUUCGGCGUCAUCCUCUUCAUCCGUAUGCCGUGGAUCGUGGGCACCGCCGGGGCCGCCCUGGCCUUCACCAUCGUGUUCAUGUGCUGCUGUACAACCUUCCUGACCGGCAUCUCCAUGUCCGCCAUCGCGACCAACGGCGUGGUGCCGGCGGGAGGCUCCUACUUCAUGAUCUCGCGCUCCCUCGGGCCGGAGUUCGGCGGCGCUGUCGGCAUCCUCUUCUACAUCGGCACGACAGUUGCGGGAGCUAUGUACAUUAUAGGAGCAGUAGAGAUAUUGCUGACCUAUAUGGCUCCAGUAUUAUCCAUAUUUGGAGAUUUUACAAAAGAUCCAAGUAUAAUGUACAACAACUUCCGAGUUUACGGCACCAUCCUGCUGUGGCUGAUGUGCUUCAUCGUGAGCAUCGGCGUGGCCUUCGUCAGCAAGUUCGCCACCGUCGCCCUCGCCUGCGUCAUCGGCUCUAUCAUCUCCAUCCUGGUGGGGAUCUUCGUCAACAUCAACGGCACCGACAAGCUCCAGAUGUGUAUGUUGGGAGCUCGGUUGUUAAAACAAGUUUCAAAUUGCACCAAAGAUAGAGAUGGAGAUUUGUGGAAGCUAUAUUGCAAUAAAGGCAAUGGAACUUAUGCCACAGAUGAGGCAGACUGCGACCAGUAUUUUCAUGACCACAAUGUGUCUCUGAGAAAUGCUAUUGUUGGGUUGUCAUCCGGAGUGUUCUCAGCGAACCUGGGAUCUCACUUCAUGGAGGACGGCCAGAUCAUCGCAAGCACGGAUAAUCCAGAUGAUUAUGAGUCGCUUAACAACCCAACGUACAACCAGAUCAUCAUUGACAUAACCACCUCAUUCACUGUGCUUGUUGGUAUUUUCUUCCCUUCUUGCACAGGAAUCAUGGCUGGAAGCAACAGAUCUGGGGACUUGGCCGAUGCACAGAAGAGUAUUCCUGUGGGAACCCUAGCUGCCAUCUGCACAACAUCAUUUGUGUAUCUCUCCUAUCUGCUGCUCUUUGCUGGCUCAUAUGACAUUCUCUUGAUGAGGGACAAGUUUGGCCAGAGUGUGGGAGGAAAGCUGGCUAUUGCGUCCAUUUCUUGGCCCAAUGAGUGGGUAAUCUUGGUGGGCUCACUCCUCUCCACUGUGGGUGCUGGGUUACAGAGUCUUACAGGAGCUCCAAGAUUAAUCCAGGCCAUAGCAAAAGAUGGAAUUAUACCCUUUCUUGCACCAUUUGCCAAGUCGUCUGCCCGAGGAGAGCCACUCAGGGCACUGUUGUUUACAGGCUGUAUUUGUCAGAUUGCAAUCUUGAUUGGUAACCUUGAUUACAUUGCGCCAAUCUUGUCCAUGUUCUUCUUAAUGUGCUACGGCUUUGUCAACCUUGCCUGCGCCCUCCAGACAUUGCUGCGCACCCCAAACUGGCGUCCAAGAUUUAGAUACUAUCAUUGGUCUUUGUCAUUCAUUGGUCUCUCACUCUGCAUCACCGUGAUGUUCAUGACUUCCUGGUAUUAUGCACUGGUGGCCAUGCUGCUUGCUGGCAUCAUCUACAAGUACAUCGAAUUCCGUGGUGCAGAAAAGGAAUGGGGUGAUGGCAUCCGCGGUCUGGCCCUCUCUGCUGCUCGUUACUCUUUGCUGCGCUUAGAAGAAGGUCCACCACACACCAAGAACUGGAGACCACAGAUUGUAAUUCUUGCCAAAUUAACAAAGGACCUUGUUCCCAAGUAUAAGAAGCUGUUUACUUUCGCAUCUCAGUUAAAAGCUGGAAAGGGUCUCACAAUGGCAGUGUCAAUUAUUGAAGGAGAUUAUGUGAAAAGUUAUGGUGAGGCUUUAGCUGCAAGACAGAGUCUACGCAGAGCCAUGGAUGAGGAAAAAGUGAAGGGCUUCGUGGACACACUGGUUGCCAAGAACAUGACAGAAGGAAUUAGUCAUAUCAUCCAAACUUGCGGUCUAGGAGGGAUGAAGCCAAACACAGUUAUUCUUGGUUGGCCCUAUGGCUGGCGGCACUCACCCGAUGAGCGUUCAUGGCGUGUGUUCCUUGACACUGUGCGCAAUGUGUCUGCUGCAAAGAUGGCUCUUCUUGUUCCUAAAGGCAUUAACUUCUAUCCAGACUCUAUGACAAAGGUUUCAGGUACAAUUGAUAUUUGGUGGAUUGUGCAUGAUGGCGGUCUACUCAUGUUGCUGCCAUUCCUUCUCCGGCAGCACAAGGUCUGGAAGAACUGCAAGAUGCGCAUCUUCACCGUUGCUCAGCUUGAGGACAACAGCAUACAAAUGAAGAAGGAUCUCAAGACAUUCUUGUACCACUUGCGUAUUGAUGCUGAAGUUGAUGUUGUGGAAAUGAUGGACAGUGACAUCCAAACAUACACAUAUGAACGCACACUCAUGAUGGAGCAGCGCACACAGAUGUUGAAGGAACUGCGACUGAACCGCAAAGAAAAACUCAAUAUUGUUCAGGCUAUAGUUGACCACCACCAUCCCAGCAGUGAACACUCGGCAAGCAAAGUGCGUUUCAAGGAGGAAGAGCCAGCUGCUGACUCCGACACAGAGGCUGAGAAGAGUGUAGCAGAAGAUACAGAUAAGAAGGCAAGCAAAAAUGAAAGCUUUAAGAAACUUCUAACCAUAAAACCUGAUGAGGCAAAUGUGCGAAGGAUGCACACUGCAGUGAAGUUGAAUGAAGUCAUAGUGAAUAAGUCCCACAACGCACAGCUAGUCAUCAUCAACUUACCUGGCCCACCAAAAACCUCCCGGCCAGAGACUGAAAGUAACUAUAUGGAGUUCUUGGAAGUGCUCACAGAAGGACUGGAGAAGGUGUUGAUGGUGAGGGGAGGAGGCAGGGAAGUCAUUACUAUUUACUCCUGAGUCUUCGGCACCUCGUGUGUACUUAGAAUACACUUUACCAUUCUCUUGUUUGUGUCCAACUUGUUUACAGGAGAUGGUAAUGCUAAAGGAAACUUUACAAACAACAUUUGCUUACCAGUUUAUAGCUUACAUAUAGGGAUUACAGACUAUGGAGACCAUUGCAUCAGAUAUACUGGCUGUGAUCUCCAUUUGUGUCCAAUACACAUUGUGUGAGAUAUCUACUUCAGUAAGUUUGAUGGAAAAUAUGGAGUAUUUUUGUUAUUUCUUGACAGGUGUCUAAAAUCCAGCCAAGUAUGAUUGUGUGAAUAUAAGCAGAUCCAGUGAUGAGAAUUUAAAAUGAACUUUCUGCUAAUGAAGUAGAAUGGUAAUGAGGUGAAAUAACAGCAAUUGCGUACUGAUAAGUUAUGAGAUGUAGAGGAUACUGCUUCAUCUUGUUCAACACUAAAGCUUCAAAGUCUCUUGACUAUUAGUAAAGAAUUUUUUACUAGUUGGUUGAAGGAUUUUUGGCAUAUGAUAACAGGUAUAACAAAUUUAAGGAAAACAAAACAUGGGGGUAAAGUUCACAUAGAAAAGGAAUGAAAAUGAGACUACUCAGUGAAUUAGACAAUUUAACAUUAUAGUCUUCAGUAACAACAUUAAUAAUGAUGGCCUAUGUCAUUGAGACCACCUUCAAACUCUCAUAAUUUAUAUAAGUGCAAGAAAUAUCUCACCAAAGCACUAGUUGAUAAUAUUACAGAAGAUAUGAACCAGUCUGAUGCUGAUACAAGAUGCUUCAGUAAUGCAGAGAUUUUAUGAACUAGGUUAAAGUUGAUAUUUAAAAUGAUAAAAUGAUCUUUUGGUUAUUACUGAGGUAAUUUUGAAGUAUGUUAGACUAUUUCAUGUAGAAAUUUGUUUUAGCAAAUUUGUUUGUAGCAGCAAUGCGAGUUGUUUAAAAAUAAAUACAUGCAUACCUUCAUAAAGUUUACAUACAAAUAUACUUACUCUUUGAUUCACAGUAUUUCACAUUUAUUUUGAUAUAAACAGUGUAUAUAGUAUUACAAAUAUUAAUUUAUUUUCUUUAUGUUUUACUUUCACCAUUAAUGUAAAUUUAUUUUAUUAACUUUUCUUCAGAACAGAUGAAUUUUAAGAAGUUAACUUUUUUAUGUGGGAUUCACAUACGGAGUGCAAUUUGAUCUACGCUAUUAUGAUAUUUAUAUAAGUAUCAAUCAAAGAAAAUAUCAAAGAAGUAGAUGUGACUCUUUAAAGCAAUAUUUUAGACUAGAAGCAACAUGUAAAUGUGAUCAGAAUCCUUAUUUCUGCUCUUGAUUAACUUUUUUUUAUAUUGAAUAUGUUUUUAGAUGUUAUAUUUAUUUUUUGUUAUUACAAAUGAAAUCCUGAGUUGUUUUUGAAAUAUGUAAACAUUUGUGAUAGUAAAAUAAAGAAUAGCUCUUCUUUUUUUUUCUUUUUUAACUUUAUAGGCUACAUCAUUUCUACUUAAAGUGGAAGUAGUAUAGGUUGUUUUAGAAAUGUAGAGGUGUAAGAGAAGUGAAACUUUUUUUCCAUUUGUAAGUUGACCCAAAGAAGAUGAGAAUGCUAAAGUCUUGAAUGAAGGCAGAAUCACAUGGCUGUGAGCUGGUCUUUAUCAAGUUCCUGGAAAUUCCCCAAAGGUUUUCUAAAGAAUUAAGUAUAUGGAGCAGUUUUGGCUAAUUAGUUUUAACUCAUAGCAUGAUAAACCUUCAUUUUAAAGUUUAGUAUUAUGUGGCCAUGAUUUCAAGCUAUAUAUAUUAAAUUUCUAGUCUAAUACAUACAAAUUACCAAAAGUUGUUAAAUGAUAUUCAUGAUAUUCAUAUACUAUAUUGUUUUUUAACUUCAUUCAUUGUUUUUAUAAAAUGUGUAAGCUACUACAUCUUAGUUACAGUAAAACUGUAAUUUGUACAUACUUAUGGUAUCAAAGGAUUACUUAUAACUAGUUUGAUUUUGUGUUCUGUAACACUAAAUAACGGUUACUCUUCAUCAAGGAGCUUCCACCUCAGUGACCGAUUCAAAACAGACUUUGCUCAUAUUGUUUCUCGCCAAGCUGUGUGGAAUAUAUUUUAGUAUGACUAAUGAGAUUGUUUUGAUUCUGGCAUAGCAAAGAUGAGCAAUGUGGCAGUUACAAGUCCCAGGUUUAGUUAAUAUGUCUUCUGUGCAGUGAUGUGGAAAGUGUAAGGUACUGCACAAGCAGCCAUCUCACCCCUGGUGCUCGUAAAAGCAAUUUGUUAAAGAACGUAACUUCUCCUUAGAUAUUUUAAGCAUGAAUGUUUAAUUGAUAUUUUACCACACUGCUUGUUGUGAGUAAAGGACAAUCAGGCUUCACCAAGUUUUGUUUUAUGUAGAGGAUUCAUCUAAAUAUAUGACUUCACACAGAACCAACUGUCUCCAGGGUAGACCCAGGGAGGUGUCCAAAAGGAAGUAAAGAACAAAUUCUAAGUAGUUAUACUGACCCAACUAAUUGUAGGACUAAUUUGAUUAAUGUUCUUUGUUCAUUUUGGAUGGUUGGUGAGCUGCAAUGAAGCACACUUUAAGGCUCAACUUUUAUGAUAAUAUUGCAUAGAUUACUGGUAAAAACUACACACAAAUUUUGGCCCUGUGCACACCUUUUUGGUUAUGAAGUCCCUGGAGAUUAGAUAACAUUAUACUGGACAUGUUGACCAAUAAUAGGAGGUACUUCAAGUAAAGCAGUGUUUUUUGAUCAGUGUAAGUCUACUCAUUUUGAACAGUAAAAAGUAAAGACUGGAUAAAGAGAGUGCUCAAAAUAAAAAUGAAUGCAAUAUGGAUCUGCAACAUAGUUUUGGUAGGCUCAGGAUGUCAGUAAAAGGCUUAUGGAGUUAAUCUUGUGAUACAAAUUAGCUGUAUUGAAUCAGUGAAUUCAUUUGAGGAACUUCGAGGUGAAGUUUCCUUGUCACACUUGAGUCCAUAAUUUUUCUUGAAAGCCUUUCAUAUUAAGCCAGACCUUCAAAUUGGAGCUGAUCUGAAUUGCAUUUCAAGAAUAGUUAGUGAGGAUAGUUGUCUUAAAAUUAAAAUGUAUAUACCACGUUACUUUUGUAACAAUUCAUUUUUACAUUAUUGAUAAAGUUGAUGCAGUUAUGCCAAAAUAUACCUUCAGAAUUGAAUUUGGUAAGGAAAUGACUAUAUUUUAUAAAAAGAAUGAUAAUUGCAAAAAUAAAUUGACAAGUACUUAUGUGUGGAUACCAAUUAAAACAUAUUUUAUUGACAAAUGAGAAGCAACUGAUGAGAUGUACAUAUCGAUGGAACUUGGCCUUACUAUAAACUGCAAAUUAUUGGAUUACAUUGAAGCUGAAAUAUCCUGAAAUUAUUUGAUACGGUUUGUAAACAGUAUAGUCAUGGACUGUUGUUAUUGUUAUUAUCCAACCAACUGAGAAUAUGAUAGCAGCUAUGAAGGACUUUGAGCAAUUUGCCAGUGCGAUUUAGACAGAGAAAGUGUGUGCAUGUAUGUUUGCGUGUGUAUGUAUGUACAAGCAUCACAGUGGAAAGAAAUAUGAAGCCUUACUAACAUUUAUCUUCUGCUACAUGAAGACAUUUUAUUCCAAGCAUAUGUCUCUGAGCUCGGCAACAACUUUACUCAACUUACCAAUGCAAUCAUUAUUGAACAAUAUUCAUUCAACAUGAUUGAUAAAGUGUUAACUGUAGAAAAAAAGGAAAAGAUACAUUAAAUAAAGCUCUGACCUAUUAGA